GCGACCUGUGAUCUCUUUCGCUCAAAGGUGUGUCUUUUGCUUCAAGUGUUUCAGUCUUCAACUACUUCUACAUAUAUAUAUAUAUAUUUAUCUUUUAGGCUUCGCUUGAUAGUCGAAUUGUUAGAUAAGUUACGAAUUUUUGGACUUCGAGAUCAUGGCAGCUACAACUGUAAGCGCUUGCGGGUCGAUGGUGGCCGCUCCAGUGAGUGUCAGCAACUUGUCGUCGGCGGCGGCUUUUGGUGUAUCGCAGGCUCAGUUUGCUCCCGUUCGCAAUGUCAAUGCCCGUGAUGGCCAUGUCGUGGCUGUGACGGCCAGCUACUCUCAGGAUAACGAGUCUGUGUCGAAGAAGGUUUUGAGUUCCGUUCUCGCAACUGGCUUGGCUAUUACUGUCGCCGGGUCCGCCUUCGCUGCCUCAGGUCCUGGAGGGGACGGAGCGGAGCGCACGGCUCGCAAGGCUGAUGAAUUGCUUCAGAAUGCCGAUGCAUUCAUCAAGAACGACUCACCCCAGCGGUUUGGACCUGAGAGGGGCUUUGGCAACGGAACAGCGAAGGAGGAUGAAGACCGCUUCUCCCAGAAAGCUGGAAGCGGUGCCAUUCCUGAGCUGCAGGAUGCCACCAGUGCUCAAGUGUCUGGUGCCCGUGACAAGUUCGCCUCCAAUGUACAGAAGACGAAGCGCAGAAUUGACGGAAUCUGGGGUCAGGGCAAGGGCAUGGCCAACGACUUGAUUGCAACCUCGCAAGCCAAGGCUGACGAUGUUGCCAAGGGCGCAAAGAAGACAUUCGGUAAGGCCACCAGCAACAACAUUGCUUCAGGUGUGAAGAGCAACGCCGGAAAUGUGGCCUCGAAUGUGCAGGGUAAGGUUGAUGAAGCGACCGCGCCCGCAAAGAGCGCUGGUGGUGGUUUUUUCGGGAAGAUCGCCCAGCAAUCCAAGGGCGCUAAGGGCGCCGUUGCCAAAGCCGGCGCUAAAAUCCAGAGUGCUCUUCCUGGGCAGUAAAUUCCACAUCAGGGUGGGCAAAUGUUUUUUGCAAGAUUGUAACGUGUUAGGGAGAUAGCGAGAAGAUAAUGCUUAGUUCACGAUUUCAAUGUACAUUUGAGGAACAUGUGUAUUGUGAGGCCCUGUUUCUAGCAAACACCUCGUGGACUUUACCUCAUCCCUUCAAUAAAUGUUUCAGCCACGAUCAGCUGGCAUUGUAAUUA